UUCCGGCAUUUCUUACGGUCGGUCAAAUCAACUCUCUCUCUCGCGCGCGCUCGAGCAGCAGCACCGGGGGCACUGUUGGUUUCGUGUUUUGGCACGUGCGGUAAAUUUCGCGGAAAAUACUAGCGGAACGAACGGUUCCCGGAACCUACGCGCCGGUAUUGCGUUUGUUUUUCUUGCCGUCGAUGUUUCUUCCCGGUAAAAGGAUCGCGGCAUUCUUCGGCAUCGCGGAAGGCUGUAAAUAAAUAAUUAACGUUCUUGAAUAAGUGCGGAAACAUAGUGAGAACGAACAAGCUGGUGAGGUGGAACUUUUGUAACUAAGGCAGAUAAGAGUAAUAAAAACAAAGUAUCCAGCAGCGAGAAGAUCCGGUCCGGUUUUGUACAGAGUGAAACGUGUUUUUUUUGUGUUCGUGUUGUCCCACACCGAUGGAGGGAGGCUUCUGGACAGGUCCUGUCACCGCUGUCUGAUAACGCCGAAACGGACUGUCGACCUGUUACGCCAAUUCACGGGAAAAGUUUCCAAGUGUUUUACCAUUUCCCGCUCUCCCUUCAACACCCUCUUUGUCACGCUCACUGGCUCCACUUCUUUGUGUAUCUGUCUCUCGGAACAUGAACCGUUGAAAAGUUUUUGAGAUGUUUCCCUAUCAUUAUGCGAUGAAUAGAAAGGAUUGCAGUAUUUGAAAUUUGUAGUGGUGCUUUUAGAAACAAAAGAACGCAAAGACAAAGUUCUAGCCGAGUGAGACGCGAUGGUUGUUCGUUACGGAAACUCAACAGUUGGUUGAGUUCAGCAGGAACCGUGACAUAGAAGAUCAAUUUUUCCGUCCUGGGUGCGGGUGGACAAGAGGAGCGAACAAUUUCAAGUGAUAAUAGAAGAGUUCGAGCCGCUCAGUCGUCAAGCUUUUCAAGAGUUUUCGUAACUUUGAGGCGUACGAAGAAGACAAGAAAUUGCUGCUAGACGGGGAUCGCUGGGCGGGUGUGUGCGGUUAUGAUUUCGAAGAAGUUCGUGAUGGUUUUGUUUUGAUUUCUUACGGAUGGGUGUGCUGAGUGCGGGCGUACAAAGCCGUAGACAGCGUGGUAAUCUUACCGUUCGGUCCGAGUGCGGAGAGCAGAAGUCAAAAAGCGGCAAGUGAGUGUGCGAUUUCAGAUAUAUUUUCGGUUACCCGAGCCAGACGUGCGGGGUUUGGAAAUAUUGUUUACGACGACCGACGUCAGCUGAGGCAAAAUAAGAAAGAGCUACGAGAAGGCAGAGAACGAUCGCAUUUUGUAAUUCACUUGCCUAUUUCACAGUCGCUAGUGCUGGCAAAAUGCAUUGAGCAAUUUUGGAGUGCGAAAUAUUUCGAGUGCAGAGAAUAAGUGUGUCUGGAGUGUUAUUUUCGGUUCGAUCGGCCCCGCCGGAUCCGCUUGCAAUUGUGGUGAAUUUUGAUGCGGUUUUGUGAGUUCGCAGCAAGCACGGUGCAAAGUUUACUGAACAGGCUGGCUGCGUUGCUCGCGGGUUGGAUUUUGCGAAACCGGUUUUAGCCGAGCGCCGAAACCGAUGCAGAAAGUUGUCCGCGGGAGGACAAGAAGAGCGAGUUAAAUUGCCGGGAAGCAAGCGUCGAACCGCGCCGAUUCCUCUCCCUCACAGUGUUUUUUUUUCUGGAAAGUGUACCCGCCCGGUCAGUUCGUGCUGGCAGAGAAGAAAUAAAAUUCAAUAAAGUGAAGUAAAAGAGGAAAAUAGCACGUUCCGCCGAUUCAACGGAACGGCCCAAGCAGUGAACACAUAAAUCUCGUAGGUGAGCCUGCCAGCAAGCCAACCAAACCAUAGUCAACUAAAGCGACCGGAGUUGGCCUUUCUCUUCCUCGUUUCAAGGCAGUCGGCCAGCGAGCGAUUUUUUGCAAACUGGCUGCCAGAGAAGUCGACGCCGCCGCUGCUGCCAUCGUCGUCGUUGUUGCAGUCUUUCAUACGUGACUGCUUCCAAAGGCAGCCUGAAACAGAUAACUGAAGGAGACUAUAGACGAAAUUCAAGUUAGUCAAUUUAUGGUUAUAGUCAUCAUAGCAAAAAAGCUCCCAGUCAACGUUAUCCCGCAGUUGACACGUUGGAGAUAUUCGCUUUUCACAGCGACACGGUUAUUUGUGCGAAGCUUCCUGCUAGCAAGGACACGCGACAAAAACAUCUUACUCCAAUCGUUCCCGGUAAGUGCGACUCCAAAAAACGGUGCUGCCUAGCCUUGGCGAACCCGAGAGCAGAAGACAGGUCACACAGGACGAAGUCAGCUACUUCUAAGUUCGACCGGUUCACUACUGGUAAUUAAAAUGUAUCGAAUUUGACUGCCUGUAUACAGCGGAAACCAGCGAUGAUUUCAGUCCCCAUGUCGGCGAGCAUUUCCUCCAUAUAAAACCUCUGACUCCAAACCCAAACGAAACAAAAUAUGAUCGUAAAGUAGAGUAAUUAAGUGCUCCUCGCUAGUGUGUCUCCACACUUAGUCACACAUACACACACACUCUAGCCAAAUAGUAUAAAAGAUUAUCAGCGAAGGUUCUCUUCCCCACACUGUACAGUUAGUCAUCAAUUUUACCCGAACAAACACCCACACGACGACGAAAUGACCCACAGGAUGUCCCCAAAAACGCGCGUAGUGUUCAAAUUCAUUUUUGGCCUCGGCAUCUGGUCCUUCCUGGUGCUGGGUUUCUUCAAACUGAACGGCGAUCCGGUGACGCAGCAUCAGUUCCAGCAGACACCAAUCAACGGCCGGUUGCUGCUCAACAAGGACAACCGCUGGACGGGGAAUGAGGCGACCUCCACGACCACCGACCGGUACGCGUCCCCCGUUGGAGCCGGGGUGGACGAAGUCUUGGUGGACAAUCGAGCCGUCAUCGACGAUGAACAGCUGGUCCGAGACGUGGAGUCACGCAUUCCCUCGCUGCCGAUCGCCUACUGGAGCAAGCACAAGAAUGCCGUCCAGAAGAAGGCGACCUGCGCCAAGUAUCCGUCGAUCUUCGAGCUGGAGUUCAACAACAUCUACUGGCAGACGUUGCGCAGCUCGAACGGUACCUUCCAGCUAUUCGGAGCGUACUACGACAUCCGGAAGCGGUCCCGCAUCGGUCCAGCCGUGCGCAUUCUCGGCAUGAUCGACCGGAUAGAGCCGAAGGUGAAGACGUUCUGUCAGCUCUGGUUCGACGGUCAGAAGGAACCAUUCAUCGUGAAAACGUUCGAGUACAAGUACAUCUGGUUCAACAAGUGGGGUAACUACAAGCAGGGAAUCUACCAGCCAUAUUUGAUUGCUUGUCAGAUUCCGAAGCCCUUUCGGGGGCUGGUGCCAGCGUCCGUUUCACUUGUCGAGAAGCAGUGCGAUACGGCAACGAACAACCUGCGGGUGUUGUACAAUCGACCGCUGGACGACAAGAAGAAAGGCUUCGCGGUAUGCGUGAAGGGAUUGGACUUCCUGUACGACGAUCUAUCCGUUCGGUUGGUCGAGUGGAUCGAGCUGCUCGGCAUCCUAGGAGCGGAUAAGAUCUUUUUCUACGAACUUCAAGUGCACCCCAACAUAUCCAAGGUGCUGCGAUACUACGAGGAACAGGACCGAGUUCACGUGACUCCGCUGACGUUACCUGGAGGACAACCGAACGUCCCGGGUUUCCAGCAUUUAUUCCUCUCGAAGAAAACGACCCACAAACGACAGAAUGAACUGAUUCCGUAUAACGAUUGUUUGUACAAGAACAUGUACAAGUACGAGUUUAUCGCGUUGCUGGACAUAGACGAGGUGAUCAUGCCGAAAAUGGUGGAAGAUCGGACGUGGCGUGAUCUGAUGGACCGGGUUGUGGCGAAGGGUAUGAAGCUGAAAAACGACACCUAUCCGAGUUACAAUGUGCGCAAUGUGUACUUCUUCGAUCAGGAUCAGCACGAUCACGACUGGAUCAAGGAUACGCCACGUUACAUGCACAUGUUGCAGCACGUCCAGCGCGCGAAGAACUACACGAAACCUAACCAGUACGUCAAGUGCUUCCACAAUCCGGAGCGGGUUCUAACGCUGCACAAUCAUUUCCCGAUUGCCUGUUUGGGUGGGGCUUGCCAUUCAUUUCCGGUUAGCACGGAUGACGCCCAGCUGCAGCAUUAUCGAGCGGACUGCGUUCGAACGCUGAAGAAGAGCUGCGAGGAGUUCAAGGAGAAUCAGGUGCGCGAUACCACGAUAUGGAAGUACAAGGACGAACUGAUCCAGCGCACGCGCCGCACCCUAGAUCUGCUGGGCUUCUUUCGGCCGUCGUCGGCUGCCGGGGGCCUAGGCCGCGGGAAAGACUCCCUCUACAAGCGGUGAUUGUUGCAGAAGCUUCGGCACAUGUUUAAUCUCUAGUUACGUUUGUUCAUUUAUUCGGUUGACCAGCGGCGCGGUUCCGGAAGCUCCUCCGCAAAAGAGCGACAGUGCUGCGAUCUGCGUCGUCGAUGAGGGUGGCGGCCCUCCGUCGGCUCAAUCCGAAUAAAUGAACGAUCGAUUUGCGGCGAACAAAUGAACUGCGACGUGUUAUUUCGUUACGAACUGUUUUCCCACACUCACAUCAUGAUCAUGAUUAAUUUUAUUACUAAUUGUAAUCAAAUUACUACUUAGAAAGUCAAAGUAAUUUAUAACGCUAGCAGGAAUCGAUUGAAAAUCAAUGUUUUUCGUCUUGUCGUAAGGAGGAAUAGAAACAGGAAGCUGUGUGAUUUCGAAACUACUACUAUUACUGUAAUUUACUACGAUUUUUCCUAUUAACUACGGUUGAUCACUACUAUUGCUACUUAUAGGAUAGAAGAAACAAAAUAAUGUUUUUUUUUACGAAAAAAUGAUUAGCCGGUGUGCCUUUCGUUGUAUUUACUGCUAUUAAUGCUAGAAAGAUCCUCCUAAGGAUUUUGUUGAAGUUUGGAGAAGCGGUUCUACGAGUGCCGCGAUUGCCAGGUUGAACUAACAAUAACUUGACUUCUUAAAUUAUCAUGAACGUUUUAUACCUGUUGACUUUAGUGGCUUUAAAGGAUCAGUUAACGCGCAGCGAAACUCUGGGGUAAAAAUGUGAGGUUAGGAAAUUUUUAAACAAAACCAACCGGCGUCGGGCACUUGUUGAACACACGUAGCGUACCUUUCUUCUAGCCUUAUCUUUACUGCUAUCGGUUAAAUUUCCGCGAAUAUUUACCAUUACCCCGUUAGCUCUACCCAACUAAAUAGAAGCAUAUGCAUAGUCAUAGUUUAGAAACAAAAAAAAAAAAAACAAACGGUGAUGUUCAUUUAUAGUACUUUCAAUUUAUAUUAAAUGCUUACUCUUAAUAAAUUUAUAACGCACACACAACCACACUCACACUCAAAGUCGAGCCCUUGAACAAAUAUAAGCAGUGAUUAUCCUAUAAAGUUAGAGUGUUGUUCGUAAGCUUUCAGAUUUAGUCGUAACUUUGCACGGAGUUGUUGAAUUUUGAAUAAGGGCUAUCAAAAAAAGCGCAAAAUUUAAAAUGUCUUCAGAUGUUUUUUUUUGUAAUAUGAUACAACUUUGAUGAAGACGCCACAUUAAUCUAACCAGUCACUUUUGUAAUUUGAAAUAGAAUACUGCUCUUAUUUAAUAGUCUUCAUUGAAAAAAAAAUAUCUAGACUUAAUUGUUUACAAAGAGGACGGAUGAAUUUAAAAUUUAGAUUAUUACUUAAAUGACUCGCUCUAUAAAUCUCAGGCCUUCAACAAAGUUGUACCGCAUUACGCAUAAUACUUUAUGCAGCCCCGUCCGGAAAAGCAAUUGUGAUCUUGAAUGACGAACUUAUAAUAUCAGUAGUAGCAUCUCUAAAAAAGCCAAACAACUGUGCAAAGUUAAUUCAACAUCGGAAACAACAAAAUACAAAACAAAUAAACUUUUUCGCCAAAUCAAACACAAAACAAACACUUUGGGCACACUGCAAAUAGUCAAAUUCAAAACUUGCGCCACCAUUAGUGUAAAAAAUACACUCGAAAAAUCGACGACAAAUCAAUUCCUCACUGGAAGCAAAACCACAUCUCCCCCUCUUAGGCUAAGCUAAAAUCAGAUUUAGAAAAUGCUCUUUCUGUUACAAACCUUCCUAGGGGCCCGGAAUCUACAAAUGGAGAAGCGCGGAAAAGGAGAACAUAAAACAUACCUUAGCUAGGAUGUUCCAAUACCCAAUGUAAAAUAAUCGUAUUCUGUAUAUAUUAAAGACUGACUCUAGAAAAGCCGUACAAACUGCGGGCGCGCAGUUGGUACAGGAGAAUGAGCGAUAGUAAUCUAUUGUCUACUUAGCUGUGUAAGUAUCAGAAAGGAGACAAAAAAAAGUUGUGAACGCGAAUAGGUCGGACGCGUCCGCCUUGAGUGUAGUAGUAGCUGUAAAGUAAUUUAUUUUCUCUGCUUCUCGUCCACGCGUUAGAGCUUAAAAGAAACUCAAUAAUAAACACGUGAAAAUUUCCACUCAGAAAAAAAAAAACAAACAACAUCACAAAAAAACACUGAUUAAGUUUAGCUUUCGCCUCCGGGAAAACUCAACACUUAAUUCACUCGAAACCUUCGAAACCCGCUCGCUAUCGAUGUGCGUGUAGUAGGACUACACCAAUACCACAAUGCGUAUGUCAUUUCAAGUACCAGUUAUCCACUAGGACUGUCAUCAUUAUCAGUAGUAAGAAAACCCAUCAUAAAUUGUUAUCGGUGCACCACCCGAGAAAACCCCAACUGUGCAAAGAAAACGAAAAAGAAACAUUACUGCAAGGAGCAAAAAUCGUGUACAGUAGAAAUUUUCCUCUUUUGGAAGAACAGAACAGAUAGAGUUGUAGAACGAAUGAAAACUAGUGACGGUUACAACUUCAAGAAUAUGUAAAACCGGGGGUCAAGGGAAACAAAAAGGAAAAACAGAGAAGGAUGCGCAAUAAAGUCAUAUACAAUGCGGAAAAGUACGUGUACCCACCUUG